AUAUAUUUUUCACACGGUAUAUAACAAACAACUAGAUACCGUUUCUUCAAAUUAUGAUAAUGUGAAUUGUCAUUUUCCCCCUUAAGAGGGCAGUCUUUUUUUGUUUUGCUUUUUUACUGAAUGAUGAACUACAGUAAAUGACUGAAACGGGGCACAACGUUUUAAAAACAAACUACACUUAACAAGGCGGCAUAGCGAUUAUUAUCAUGCGUUGAAAAACCUGGAACUCGCUACAUUUUCUUUCUUUCGGAUGCCAUAAUAUAUGAGCCGCAUUGACCAGCCCAUAACGCCCCCAAACGGAAGACGCCAAACUGUUUUUUUUUUUUUUUUUUGUACUGUACUAGUACGUAGCGUUUGAAAGCGACAUUCAAAAGCACACUUGCUUUACUACGUUCUGUACAGAAUGGAUCGUGAAAACAUCGAACUGAACGGUGCCGCUGGCGCGGGUUCUGCCGACCAUGACUCGUCCUCGUCCUUUCGUCGCAGCAGGAGAAAUGCCCCGAUCAACAUGAAUCACUACGCCAACAAGAAGAGCGCUGCGGAGAGCAUGCUGGACAUUGCGCUGCUCAUGGCCAAUGCCUCCCAGCUGAAAGCCGUGGUGGAGCAGGGGCCCUCCUUCAGCUUCUACGUCCCGAUCGUGGUCCUCAUCAGCAUAUCCCUCAUACUGCAAGUCGUUGUCGGGGUGCUGCUAAUAUUCAUCGUAAAAUACGACCUGAAUGAUGAAAAUAGGCAAGCCCGGCUGGACCUUCUCAAUAAUAUUGCAACCGGGCUGGUAUUUAUCAUUGUGGUUGUGAAUAUCUUCAUCACAGCGUUUGGAGUUCAGAAAUCAGUCCCACAAAACCUGAAGCAAUAGACUGGAAACCGAGAACCUGCUGGUCUUCCAUUUUCAAAGCGCUCCCUGGUAUCUUCAUUCAGCAACCCGGGACUACAGAGAGAUGAUAAACACAACUCAAAUUCAUCAGCACAGCGGGCCCUGAGAAGAGGUUUGGUUUACGAAGGAAACAGAACACGGAACACGGAACACGGAACACAGCCAAAAAGCCUUGAUUUAUCAGCAGUCACACCUCAUAGGCUGCUUCCUUCUUUACAGGGUCUUUGGACUUUUAGACCCCAAUGAAAUCUACCAAGUUACAGCAAUAUGCUUUGUAAAGUUAUUGUUUCACAAAACCCUUUUUUUACCACAUCAGGGGAGGACACAUUGUAAUACAUUUUUAAUUGCUCUAAUGUGAUUCGUUGCGAUUAUUCUCCAUCAUUAAUUGUGUAAAGUGUCUGAAAAGAGCCUAGGCUUAUAAGUACUGUACUAGAGAUAUUCCUUGUAUUGCAAUUACACUCUGCUACCCCAUGGUGACAACAUUUCAGUUUCUGUUUACAGACCUUCUCUGGGAGGGAUGUUUUGGAGCAAGGGCUCCCUCUAGGGUCUCAACUGAAACUGCUUUAUAUAAAUCUGUUAUUUACAAAAUAAUGUACAUGCCUUAACUAAGCUUUUUCUACCAAUUGUUUCGUAUUUCCUACACUUUUUUUUUUUUUUUUUUUAAAGCAAUGCUUUCCCUUGCUAUACUGUGGAUCUGUACAUAAAGUGAAUAGCAAUAUUACUGGAAUUUAGAUUUUCUGUGAAAGAAAGUACAAAACCAAGAAAGGGGUUGGUCACCCGAAUCUUGGGCAUUAAUGUUUGUUUUUUAAUCAAAGUUAAUUUUAAAUUUAAUUUCCGAUAUGUUAGUGAAUAGUAUUAUAUGUGUCACAGUGAUAAUACUUGUUCUUUUUAUGUAAAGUAGAUUUUAUUUGUAUAUUAUUUAAUUUUUUAUUAUAAUAGGGUCUAUUUGGUUAAUUUUAAACGGUGACAGAUCGAAAUGCUGGCAUUGUUUUAAAUGUUUUUUAAACGAAGUAAAAUACCAGGUUUGGUACUGUUUCUGUUUAAUGAAAUGCAUCAUUUUUUAAACUUAAAUACCACAUAAUCUGUUUUUAUUGCUAGUGUGAGAUUAUAAAAUGUUUAUAUUGAUUUGUACUUUGUGUCACCAGUACCUACUACAGACAAUAAGAUGUCAGAAUGCCUGCAUGCAUCAGUCUCUCACAUUCCAUUCCUACAAUAGCAAUGAUAUAAGCAUGUGGACUCUUUAUUACUCUGUGUAAUGCAGAGAAAGGCAUGAAUAUGGUCCUCACAGACAUUCAGGAUCUAAAGAGUUUUAGCAUGUAACUUCAGUGCAAUUUUUAUUCAACUGUCUUUUAAUCUUUUACGUUAUUCAGGAAUACAACAAUGCAGAAAAUACCUCCCUUUAGAACAAUCUAAAAAAUAAAAAAAAUAGCAAAGUGUCCAAGAAUACAUAUAAAAUUAAAUAAAAUGCAUCUUGAAAAAUAAAGUGUGCAGAAAAUGUGACUUGUUUCAAGAAACCACAAGAAGAUGGAUAAAACAUUUUAAAAGUGGAGAAUCUAGCAAUAGUAUUUAUACGAUUUUUCUGCAGACCCUUGCUUUGUACUGUAUGUGCAGUAUGUGCUACCAACAAUAUACAGUUUAUGAAAAGCUGCUGCUGGCACUUGUUCACCCAGUGUGCUGGCACUUUUCAGAGUAAAAUAGACCCCCUUCUGUUUAUUCAUUCAGGAAAAAACAGUUCUCUCCCUUGUUUACAAAAUCCCUUUGUGGUUUUAAGUAUUAAUCGUCUUAAGCUUAGACUGGCUUUCUGUCUGGAUGUUUGUGUGUACGAUAUUAAUGGAUACAGGCUGAGUCACAAGCGACGCAACAGAGGAAAUUAUGUACAUUUGGAAUUGGUUGAAUGAUGUGCUAUUCUGUUAUGGCAGGCAUCAAUCUCUGCAUAGAGAUGUCCAUACAUUACUAUAUAUGCAAUCAGCAACAAAAAGGGAAUCGCCUACUGUAUUCUGCAGACAGAACAAAUCAGCUUCGCUUUGUGGUCCUCUCACCCCCACUGCAAGAGAGGAUACAAUAAGAGACACCCAACACCUUAGUAUAGUAUUAACAGUAGUAUAACCCGUUCUGUUAUUCUAAACUAAUAACUAAAUAUGUCACAUGCCUUGGCUAAAAAUGCUUUACUUGAGCCUCAUUUACAUUUAUAUCAAAUUUUGUUAAGUUUUAUUAAACAAAAAAAAUAUAUAUAUUAUCUUC